GACUCGGUCAAACCCGUAGCGGGAGGGCCAUGGCAAUGGGCCCAGAGGUUGCAGGACGCCUCAUCCUGAGGAACACCUUCAUCGAGUUGGAGGAUCCUGGUACCUUGGACACGGGGAUUGAGGGGCCAAUGGGUCGUGCUCGGGCAUCUUCCGAUGGAUGCCUUUUCGAGUCCUCGCGGUUGGAAGAAGAUGUCCCCCCUGGGCAAGAGGCAGUAGAUCUCGUUGAGAUUUCUUUGACCGGUGCAAGCUGCCUGAACACACCCAGAUCAGACAUUGCAGAUACGGAUGCUAAAGGAGUUCCGACACCUGUCAAUCACGUGGCAAAUCUUCAGCUGCAGCAGGCCUGGAGCGCAAACAUGCCGAAGCCUGCUGUAAAGAAGGAGGACCUGCAGCGGCUUUCGGACGAGGUGGCACAGCUGGUGAAGCAGAAUAAGCAACUGCGCACUCAGAUCACGAUGGGCAAGGAACCUGUUGCUGGUCUGGAGACGCAAGAUGUUGGUGCGUCCUGGAUGGCGUACUCGAUGCAAGGCCCAGGCCAGCUAUCUGGAGCGUGCGACCAAAUCAGCUUUCAAGGCUAUUCAAUGGACAACCGAGAGGCUGAUCUGAGCUAUUCCCCGGCAUGGACGGAACAAUCCACUGCCGCUGACGGCGGUACCUCGGUGAUGCUGCGCAAUCUCCCGAACAACUACACCCGCUCAAAGCUCUUGGAGAUGCUUGACAAUGAGGGCUUUGCAAGCCAGUACAACUUUGUGUAUUUGCCAAUCGACUUCCAGACUGAGGCUUCGUUGGGCUAUGCCUUUGUCAACAUGAUUGACAGCAGCUACGUGCCGAAGCUUCAAGAAAGACUCACAGGUUUCAAGAAAUGGAGAGUUCCUAGCAAGAAAAUCUGCGAGGUUCGACUCUGUGGCCCAUGGCCUGACCUUGAAGCUCACAUUGAACGCUAUCGACACAGUUCGGUGAUGCACCAUUCAGUCCCUGAGGAGUUCAAACCUGUGCUAUUUGAAAACGGGAAGCAGAUCCCUUUCCCAAAGCCCUCGAAGGCUCCAAAGGCCCCUCAAAUCCGCCGAGCACCAGGGCCUGUCAGCCUCGCCCCAGUUGCAACACACGUUGUGGGUUCCGCUGCGCUUUCACCUGGGUUGGUGCAAAGAUCCAACUUUUGAGGUCCUGUCAUUGAAGCUUUACAGUGAUUUCGUGGAUGAACGUGAACCCAUGCAGUUUGCAGUGCCUCCGUGGGGGGUGACUGACUUGUUGUGCACUCGUUUUCACAGCAUGUCAGACUUCAUCGGUAUGUGUGUUUUUUUUCGCCCUGAUGCGCAAUGUCAUUCAGUGGGCAUGUCACUUUUGUGCUCCGUUGCUCUUUGCGAGGCCAUUGUCAGUCCCAUUCCACAAGGCCCAAGAGUUCUGCUUCAAAGGUCAGUGCUUUGGCAUUGCUUUGAAGCUACAAUACGUCUCGCAAGCGAGUGCAAACAUUGUAAACAAGACAAACAAAAC